CUCCAGGCUAUGUUUAUUUACUGAUAUAUGUUUCUUGUUCCAGUUCUGUCUAUUCAUAUGGAUGAUCAAAUUGAUGGCAAAACAUUGCUUGGGAGUUAUGUUUGUACCGAGAAACCUGGUGAAUUUAGGUGGCAACAUGGAACACUUAUCCAGGCUGUUUUGGGUGGGUAUUGGGUUGUAUUUGAGGACAUCGACAAAGCCCCAGCUGAUGUGCAAUCUAUCUUGUUGCCUCUAUUAGAAGGUGCAAGUUCUUUUGUUACUGGUCAUGGAGAGGAAAUACACGUGUCAGCAAAUUUUAGAUUAUUCUCUACCAUUUCUACAUCUAAGAGUGAUGUAUCUCGAUCAGCCGAAGGGGGGAAUGUGCUUAGCGUUUUUUGGAGAAGGGUGAUGAUUGACCCCCCAAAUACAGAUGACUUGAAAAACAUACUGAAUGCGUGGUAUCCUGUUUUAGAGCCUCUAUCUGGAAAGAUCUUGCAAACAUUUGAGCGAGUCAACUCUGCCACUGUCCUUCAAUCUUUUGGUUUUCUAUCAAGAAAUUCUGCUUCCUCCAGUUCCCUUUCCAGGUUCUCAACAAGGGAUCUACUCAAGUGGUGCAAACGAAUUUCAGGGUUAAUUUCUAACUUUAAUGGAGAUAGGUCAACUGAGUGGCACUUUAUUUACCUGGAGGCUGUAGACAUAUUUGCAGCCUUUUCAGCAUCUGUCGAGAAGCGGCUUGCUGUGAUGAAAGAAAUAGCCGAUGUGUGGGGAGUUCCCCACUCUGAAGUUGCCAUAUUCCAUCCUUUCAGACCUGAGAUUCAGGUUCUUUCUACAGAGCUAAGGGUUGGUCGAGUUACCCUUGAACAACACAAUACUACGGAUCGCUUUCAUGGAAAACUUGUCGCGAUGCGUAGUUCUCUGUAUGUACUUGAGAGGAUAACUUGUUCUGUUAAGAACAAUGAGUCUGUUCUUUUGGUUGGUGAAACUGGAACAGGGAAAACUACUCUUGUGCAAAAUCUGGCCAUGAUGCUUGGUCAGAAACUGACUGUUGUGAACUUGAGUCAGCAAAGUGACGUUGCUGAUUUACUAGGAGGAUUUAGGCCCAUGGAUCCACAGUCUAUUUGUGUUCCCCUCUACAAGGAGUUUGAGAACCUGUUUUCCAGGACCUUUUCUGUGAAGGAAAAUGGUAAAAUCUUUGCCUAUUUACAAAAGAUCCUGAGCCAAAAGAAUUGGGGAAAGUUAUUGAGUCGGUUGAAGAAGUAUGUUGAGGAUGUCUAUAAAAAGGUACCAAUAGAAAGCUUUGGGUCUGGGAAGAAGCGAAAGCAACAUUCAGACAGAGAAAUAAUUCGCGAGGACUGGGAUAAUUUUGCUAAGAAAAUUGCAACUGCUUACGGGCAAGUGGGAGAUUCAUCUGGUAUGAUAUUUUCUUUCAUAGAAGGAGCCUUCGUUAAUGCUCUUAGAAACGGGGAGUGGAUUUUGCUCGAUGAGGUGAAUUUAGCACCCCCUGAGACUUUGCAGAGAGUCAUUGGUGUUCUAGAGGGAGAAUACGGUUCACUGUGUUUGGCUGAAAAAGGAGACAUUGCAGAUAUACCUCGACACACUAACUUUCGCAUGUUUGCCUGUAUGAAUCCUGCAACUGAUGCCGGGAAGAGGGACUUGCCAUACUCUCUGAGGAGUAGAUUUACAGAGUACUUCGUUGAUGAUGUGUUGGACCGAGAAGACCUGAAAUUAUUUAUAAACAAAUAUCUUUUGGAAAGAGAAGCAAAUAGUGAGUUAGAAAGCCGGAUCAUUGAUUUCUAUGGAUCUGCCAAAACGAACUCAGAGGAUAGGCUGCAGGAUGGUGCCAACCAAAAGCCUCAAUACAGUUUGCGGUCGUUGUACCGCGCACUGGAAUAUACCAGAGAAGCAAGCAAACAGUUUGGCUUUCAGAAAGCGUUGUAUGAUGGAUUUUCUAUGUUCUUCCUGACUUUAUUGGACAAACCCAGUGCUGAAAUCAUGGAAAAAUUGCUCACUAGUAAGUUGCUUGGUGGAAAGAAACCUUUAGAUGUACCUUUUUGCUCGUACUUAAAUGACUUGCAUUCUGGAGAAUCCAUGGCAAAUUAUGUGCUCACAAAGGGUGUUGAGAAGCAGCUUGAGAAUUUAGCACGUGCAGUUUUUAUUAAAAGAUACCCUGUCCUCUUACAAGGGCCAACAUCUAGUGGAAAGACGAGCCUUGUUCAGUAUCUUGCCACCAGAACAGGGCAUAAAUUUGUGCGCAUAAAUAACCAUGAGCAUACAGAUUUACAGGAAUAUUUAGGGUCUUACAUAUCUGAUGCUCAUGGAAAGCUCGUUUUUCAUGAAGGCGUAUUGGUUAAGGCAGUCCGGGAAGGUCAUUGGAUUGUUUUGGAUGAGCUUAACCUCGCCCCAUCUGAUGUACUGGAGGCGUUGAACCGUCUGCUAGAUGAUAACAGGGAACUUUUUGUUCCUGAAUUGCGGGAAGCAAUUAGGGCACAUCCAAAUUUCAUGCUUUUUGCCACUCAGAAUCCGCCUACUUUCUAUGGUGGCCGUAAAAUGCUUUCUCGUGCUUUUCGUAAUCGUUUUGUGGAGGUUCAUGUGGAUGAAAUUCCAGAUCAUGAGAUGAGCACAAUUAUUGAGAAGCGGUGCUGUGUCCCUGGGAGCCGUGCUGGACUCAUGGUUGAGGUCAUGAAGGAGCUGCAGAUGCGCAGGCAGAGUAGCAAGGUCUUUGCUGGGAAGCAUGGAUUUAUAACUCCAAGAGAUUUGUUUCGCUGGGCUAGUCGCUUGCGAACGUUUUCAGAUUCUAAGGAAGUAAUGGCAGAGCAUGGUUAUUACCUUUUGGCGGACAGGUUGCGUAAUGAGUCCGAGAGGGUUGUGGUUCGGGAAGUACUGAAGAAAGUUAUUAAAAUUGAAAUUCAUGAGGAGAACUUGUACAAGGGAUCAGCGGGAAGUCAUUCAACUUCAGGCUUCCAGAGUCUAGGAGAUGUCAUCUUGACUGCAAGCAUGAGGAGAUUGUUUUUUCUUGUUGACUGCUGCUACAAGCUGCGAGAGCCUGUCCUGCUAGUUGGUGAAACUGGUGGUGGAAAGACAACUGUCUGUCAGCUACUAAGUCGUACUCUGGGGUCAAAAUUGCAUAUCUUGAACUGUCACCAAUACACGGAAACUUCUGAUUUCCUUGGGGGUUUUUUCCCCAUUCGAGAGAGGUCAAGGUUGGCUGCAGAUUUCAAGGAUACAGUAGAAAAAUUGCUUAUGACAGAGGCUUUCGCUCAUUGCCCUAAAGACUUGGGCAUUUCUUCCGACAUUCGCCAAGGGUCUUCAAGCAUUGCUUCUGUUGAUGAGAUAAUCCGUAACUAUAGACAAGGCCAGUUCUCAGUCACUAACGUUACUGCUGAAGACCUUGAUACCCUCGAGGGGAUGAAAUGGGAUCUCAGUGAGCUGCAUAAAAAAUGGCAGACUAUAUUUAUGUGGCAAGAUGGUCCCCUUGUUGAGGCAAUGAAGGCAGGAGAUCUGUUUCUUAUUGAUGAAAUAUCAUUGGCAGAUGACAGUGUACUGGAAAGAUUGAAUAGUGUGCUAGAGCCAGAAAGAGAACUGUCACUGGCAGAGAAGGGAGGGUCUGAAAUGGAAAAAAUUACUGCUCAUCCCAACUUUUUUGUGCUUGCUACUAUGAAUCCUGGUGGUGACUAUGGUAAGAAAGAGUUAUCUCCAGCUCUUCGAAACAGGUUUACAGAGAUUUGGGUCCCUCCUGUUGGUGAUUUGCAUGAACUUAAAGACAUUGCAUCGAACAGAUUCAACCACCUCGACCUCGCAUACAUUCUGGAUGUUAUCGUAAAGUUCUGGGAUUGGUUCAACAAGUUACAGACAGGGAGAAUACUUACUGUGCGGGAUCUUUUAUCCUGGGUUGAAUUCAUUAAUGUUACUAGAAGAAGUCUGGGACCACAAUAUGCGUUAGUACACGGGCUUUUCCUUGUUCUGCUUGAUGGUUUACGUCUAGGAACAGGGAUUUCUUUACCUGAUGCCAGAGUCUUAAGAGAGAGAUGUAUAUCCUUUAUCCAAGAACAACCCGAGCUCCGUGGUGUUCCAAAUUUGUCUCUUAUGGAUUAUGGAUGGAGUGAUCAAAUGGACAUUUCAUGCAUUGAAGAUAAUCAGCCUGAAAAUACAUUUGGGAUCAGUCCGUUUUAUAUUGAACAAGGUGACCAGUGCUGUGAGUCUCAAGGUUUUGAAUUCCUAGCUCCUACAACACGUAGAAAUGCCAUGCGCGUAUUGAGGGCUAUGCAACUUCCAAAGCCCGUUCUACUGGAAGGUAGCCCUGGUGUUGGUAAAACAAGCUUGAUUACUGCGUUGGGAAAAUAUUCUGGGCAUAAAGUUGUACGCAUAAACUUAUCUGAGCAGACUGACCUCAUGGACCUAUUGGGUUCUGACUUGCCUGUUGAGAGUGAUGAUGGGAUGAAAUUUGCAUGGUCUGAUGGAAUCUUGUUACAGGCAUUGAAGGAUGGUUCUUGGGUUCUGCUGGACGAGCUCAAUCUGGCUCCGCAGUCUGUCCUAGAGGGCUUGAAUGCUAUCCUUGAUCAUCGUGCUGAGGUGUUCAUUCCGGAGCUUGGACUUACCUUCAAGUGUCCACCGUCGUUUAAAGUUUUCGCAUGUCAGAACCCUUUCUACCAAGGAGGUGGCAGAAAAGGCCUUCCGAGGUCCUUUUUGAAUCGAUUCACUAAGGUGUAUAUAGACGAGCUAGUUGAAGCUGACUACCAUUACAUCUGUAGUUCACUGUAUCCUUCCAUUCCUGGACCUUUGCUUUCAAAGUUAAUCACUUUCAACAGAAGGUUGCAUGAGGACACCAUGUUACAUCACAAGUUUGGACAGGAUGGUUCCCCUUGGGAGUUCAACCUGCGUGAUGUACUUCGUUCAUGCCAGAUAAUUGAAGGUGCCUCAGAGAGGUCAAAAGUUGAUUGCUUUGUCAACAUCGUCUAUGUGCAGAGAAUGCGUACAGCAGCUGACCGUAUUGAGGUCCAAAGGCUGUACGAAGAGGUUUUUGGAGUUAAGCCAUCCAUAAAUCCUUACCCAAGAGUGCAGCUGAGUCCAGAACAUGUUAGAGUUGGUUACACAGUCAUUCAAAGGAAUGGCUGUUCUGCCUUAAAAUCCCCAAACAGUGAGCUGAAACUUUUACCUAGCAUUCGUCAUUGCAUGGAAGCUGUUGUUAGCUGUGUUAAGCAUCAGUGGUUGUGCAUCUUGAUUGGUCCGCCAUCCUCUGGGAAGACAUCCUUGAUUAGGCUACUUGCUCAGCUGAGUGGCAACAAGCUGAAUGAAUUGAAUUUGUCAACUGCUACUGAUAUUUCUGAGCUACUUGGAUCCUUUGAGCAAUACAAUGCUUUCCGCAAUCUAAGAUUGGUGUUUGCUCAAGUUGAGCAUUAUGUCACUGAGUACUGCAGUUUGAAGCUGGAUGAGCCGAAGACCGAGUUCAUCACCAGGAGAAGUGAGAUAAUGGCCAAAUGGCUUACUCUCUCAUCGAGCAUGGAUUUUGUGUCCUUGUCAACUUCCACCUUCAUGUGUAUCGAGAACUGGGAUAGCAUUGCUAAAUCGUUGAACAUGGUGAUUGAGAUUGUUGCAUUGUUAAUGUUGGAUUUAUCAAACAAUCUUCUGCCCGUUUCUUGGACAUCCAAAGAACUAGACAAAAUUCUGAAGUCGAUUUCAAAGUUUCAAGAACAUCAUCAUGGGAAGCCCUCUGCCAAGUUCGAGUGGGUUACGGGAUUGCUUGUGAAGGCAAUAGAGAACGGGGAAUGGGUUGUUUUGGAGAAUGCAAACCUUUGUAAUCCGACGGUACUUGACAGAAUCAAUUCUUUGGUGGAGCCAAGUGGGUCUAUAACUGUCAAUGAGUGUGGACUUGUUGAUGGAAGCCCUCUCAUUCUUCGCCCGCACCCCAAUUUUCGGAUAUUUCUCACUGUUAAUCCGACCAGUGGUGAAGUAUCCCGGGCAAUGCGAAAUAGAGGAGUUGAAAUAUAUAUGAUGCAGCCAUAUUGGCUGCUUGAUGAGGCAGAGGGAUACAAUCAUGCCGAGUAUGAACUAAAGGAUGUUGAGCGACAUCUUGUUCUAUCUGGUAUUCCUGGUGUCAGAUUAGUUGAAUCAAUGGCUAAAGCUCAUGUUUAUGCUAGAAGGCAAGCUUUGAGCCAUGGUCUGGAAAUUUCUUAUCUUGAGCUUGCACGCUGGGUUCAGCUGUACCAGAAGCUUCUCACAAGUGGAAACCAUAAUUUGUGGAGUCUCCAGAUCAGUUGGGAACACACAUAUCUCUCAUCCCUUGGGGAGGCUGUGGGACGUGACAUUAUCAGCCAUGGGAAAGAUAUUUAUUUAUCAGAAUCGGUACUGAAGUAUGUUUUCUCUCUUCACUCUUCUCUGCAAUUACCUGGUGGUUGGCCGGCACCUUUGAGAACCUUGGAUUUUGUUUUGCACUCUGAAAUGGCUACUGUUAAGCAGAACUGCAUGUAUUUGGAGACUCUGAUCUUGCAAUAUGUAGGCUGGUCCUCACAUAGGCAUCCGAUGAAAAGUCUUUUAACUCUGCCAAGUAGUGAUGUGGCCUUCCUGAUGAAUGAGCAGCUGAUUUGUAAACUUAUGUUUCCUGAGACUCCUGAGCAGAUGAUUCCCAAGUCCUAUGUUGACAAACUGGUUGAUGUAAAGAUGAAGAGACAAGUUUAUUAUGCUGCCAACUGGACUCUUGAACAGGCUACCUUGAAGGAUUACAAGCUGUAUCUUCUGCACCUUAGCUGGCUUAGCUCUAAAGUGAAACCUUUUAGCCUGUUCAUUAGUUCAUUACUGGAGUUACUUGAGAAGGAAUUCAAACAUCCUAUUUGGGAGUGCAUUUUCAAUUCUCACCGCAGACUAGCCACUCAUCGUAACAGAGAUCUGUCUUUACAAUCAAAACCAUUGCUUUCUCUCGAUUUUUCUGAUGUUUCUGCAUCAGAUGGUGGGUUGAAUGAACAUGUUCUGCAUAAUGCUGUUAACUUGACAGGUCUCCUGAGGCAGUCACACCAGCAGUGGGAUUCGCAGAACAGACAUCUGUUUGUUAAUGAAGCUCAUUGUUUCAAACCAGUUCUUGAGUCUCUUCAACAGCUAGAAGAAGAAGUGCUUGAGAGACUUGUUGAAUCUGAAUUCUAUGAACUACUGCGAACAUUGUAUUCAGACCUUAUUGAUCACCAUGUUGCAUUUUGGGAGGCUUUUAUGUCUUCAAAAGUUGAGGAAUUGUUGAUCUCCUGGCAAUGGCUAGUGAAGGAUAUAUCCAACUUGCGAAAUUUCUUCCCUAGGAUAGCAGAAAAUGUUUUGCUGAUUGCUAGCAGGAAUCUUGAUAGGUCUUUCCAUCAGCAGUCAGAGCAGUCUCUGUUAUGGGUUAAUGGGGGUCAUCCCAUUUUACCAUCUUCAGCUACUUUGUAUGACAAACAACAAAAGCUAUUCGAUCUCUGUCAAACCAUUUGGCCCACAAAUAUAAAUCCAUUCCAGCGUGAAAACGACCAUCUUGUUGAAGUAUUAGCUUCUACGAUUGCUGAGCUUCGUUCCCUUGGUCUGCAAGGCAUAUGCAUGUCUCUGUAUAUAGCAAACAAAAAUGAUGAGGACGGCACAGAUAUCGUUGGGCAGUUGGAUGAGAUGAAUCAGGUACUUCGCAAGCGGUACUUGUUUGAAAAGAAAAAGUUGGAGGUGAAAGUCCAGGCGAGUGAUAAUGCGACUGCUGACGGGAGUCCAACUUAUUGUUGUGUGAUUCGCCCUGAACUCUUGUGGCUGCAAACGGGUCUUGUUGGUUGGCAAGAGACAAUUCCUAUCGUUGACAAUGCAAGUUUUUUCCUUGACAUGGAGAUAUUGGAAAAGCUUUCACUUCUGAUUCUGAAUAAUCCCAGAGCAUUGCAACUGGAGUUGGCUUCAGUGACUUCACUGCUGGAGCAUGCCUUAAAAUACUCCAGGAUUUCGGGAAGACCUCCACAGAAUUUCAUACCACACCAGAAAAUACUGUGGAUGUUUGAUGCUUGGACAUCCGUUCAUGAAGUAAAUUCACGAAUUACCAGCUAUGUUCUUGAAAUGUGGUUCUGGUGGCAUUCUUCCUUGUGGAACCACUACCCUCCUUUUAUUCAGGAGUUCUCGAAGUUUGAUGACUAUGAUCUUCCACUUCCACAUAUGCUUCUUCAGCCGAUUAAGAUAGCAACUGUUGCACAGAUUCUGAGGGGCAAGGGUACUGUUAAGGAUUAUUUUGCACACUGCUUGAAGCUUGAAGCUGCUUUGUGUUAUCUAUGGCAAAGUCCCCAAAUAGGAUCCGGUGUUUCUGGAUUUCUGUUGUCUGCUGCGAGUUCCCUCUUCCAACAGAUCAUCCAUGCACAUGAGGAGACGUUUGAUUCUGAUACUUUUGCUGCAAUUGCGAGAAUGUUUUCCACUCUCCAGAAGAAUAUUGUAAAGCAAACUGACCUAGAACAGCUGAGCUCCCUUGUUAUGACAUCGAAACAUCGAAAAUUGACGUCCCUGCAUUUCCUGAUUGAAUCAGUGCUCAAAGAUCUCUAUCUUCAUCGUUCAUCAACUGUUGCAAACAUGAACGUUGGGUACACUUGGUUGAGGAUCGGGCUGUUGCGGUUCAAUCUCUUGAUCAGCACUGAUGACUUGGAUCCUAUGAUGGAAUAUUCAUACAAGUUUGCGCUGCUAGAAGAUAAGAUCUCAUCACUUGAAGUCGAAAUCAAGGUGCGACAAGAAUGUGACUACUUAUCAGGAUGGGCUCAGUCAAGAGAGGCUCAUGAAAACAGAAAGGGGGAAUUGGAAAAGCUUAAACUUGAGCAUAAAGUGCUUCAAAGCAAGAUUGUGUUCCGCAGCAAUCCCUUAAAAUUUAAGGCAUUUAGGAAAGAAUGCAAGGAUUUCAAUAAAUCUGUGAUGGCAGUGAUGGAUUUUACAAGCAAUAUUGAUUCUAGAGAGUCGGAACAAGUUAUUCUUCAAGUGUGCAACUGGCAGAAAACAGCAAAGUCUUUUAUUGAGCGGCUGUCAGAUGAAUAUAAAGAGUACAUCGACCUAGCUCAACCAGUUCAGGUGGCACUAUAUGAAAUGAAAUUGGGCCUGUCAUUAGUUUCUUCAGCUGCCUUGAGUAAAGACUUACUGCGCAAGAUCAAUGAGGAUAAUCUGGAACUCCUUUUGGAUUCAAUUUAUUCAUUUCUGAAAUUUCCUCGAAGAGAUGGUCUGGAGUCAAUUUCUUCUAUUGAUCUCGGUAUUCCUACAAUUUCCUGGGACUUGAGAAUAGAUUUGCUGGAAAAACUUGCUUCCAUCUCAAGGGAUGUUGAUGGUGGGAGAGUGGUCUCUGUAUUGCAACGCAAAGCUGCAAUUUAUCAUAAUGUUCUUCUGCGUGUGGUACACCUCCUAGCCGUGAGCCAAAGGAUUGAUGAUGCUUCUUUCAAGAUGUUGGACAAAUUGUUCAGGGGCUUUGCUAUUAUGUGGAUGGAUAUGAAAGCUGAAGUCCAGGAUAAAGAAGGGCUCAAUGCUCAACAAUACAAGUUCAAGCCCCGUGCGUUUGAGAUCCAGAAUGUUAUUGAUGCUGAUGUGUCAAUGCUAGCAAAAUAUUUCUCAAAUGAUAGCUUCUCGGAAUUAAAGGAGCUGCUUUCUGAAGAAGAUGAAUCUUCGGAAAAGAUACAUACUAGCGAGGACCAUGGAAGUUUGGAGGAAGAGUGGAACCUCAUGCAGGCGCCUGUCCUUGACAGCAUGAUCCAUUUCCAUAACCAACUAUUUGGAUCUGUUGACCUUAUUAGUUGUUUAGGGACUUUCCACAUAUCAGAUACGGAUAAAUGCACUUCAUUCAUCAACUCUUACGAUCUGGGAGCAAGCAUGAUUAGAGGCUUGGGAGGUUUGUUUAGUUCCUCCCUGGAUGCUAAACUUAUUCCAGAACAUAUGUUUCGCCUUUGUUUGGAUCGUGAAAGCAAGUGCCCGUCCAUUCGUAGAACGUCUAGCAAGUACAAAUAUUACAAGGAUUCAAAUGCUCCUAAUCUAGCUAAAAUGGUGAAGCUGCUGAGUGCACUUCAAGAUAAAGUUGUUUCACUCCUAAAUCAGUGGGAGGACCACCCUGGUCUUCAAAAAAUAUUGGAUGCAGUUCAGUCACUGUUGGUUAUUCCUAUGGAAACACCGUUGGCCAAGGCUCUUUUAGGAUUACAACUACUUCUUCGUAGGGUUAUUGCUUUGCAGGAGAAUGGAUCAAAACUUUGUCUCUCUGAUGAACUGGAACCUUUAGUUGCUUUGGCGCGCUCGUGGCAAAAGAUGGAAGUUGACUCAUGGGCUGUGUUGUUGGACGAGGUGCAGGAGCAGUAUGAUACUAAUGCUGCUAAGUUGUGGUUUGCCCUGUCUUCAAUUUUCCACCGGAGUCAUGCUGGUGAAGUUGCUGUAUACGAGCAAACAACAAUAGAAAGCAUCGAGAAUUUCGUCCAAACUUCGAGCCUUGGAGAACUCCAAAAGCGACUCCAGUUACUAUUGGCUUUCUAUGGCCAAAUUAGUGUUGGGAGGUGUCUAGAAGUAGACAGUUAUGCAAGCUUGUUCCAGGAGAGUAACAUGAAGAUCUUAUAUAAUGCCUUUGGAUACUAUGUUCAAUUCUUGCCAAGAAUAUUGGAGCACAUAGGUGCUAGUAGAAGAAAUAUCGAGAAGGAACUGAAAGAUCUCACCGGAUUAUGUAGAUGGGAGAAGACAGAGUUAAGCUUGUCUAUUGAACAAUCAAAAAGAGCGAGGCAGAAAGUGAAGAAGUUAAUACAGAAUUACACUGACAUCUUGCAACAACCUUUCAUGCUCUUUCUUACUCGAGAAGCGGAACAGAAAGCAAGUGCUGCUCAACCUGAGCUGAGUAUAAAUGAUCUCAAGGAGAGUUCGGAAAAGGGUUCUGUGACAUUAAAUACGAUAGCAGAUGAGAUAGGGUCCAGGAUUGAUCAUCGGCACACUUGGUUCAGUGAUUGGAGUCAGAAGGUUGAAGCUUCACUGCACUUACUUGUUAGCAUGUCUUCGGAAUAUAACCUUUCAAUGGAUGCAGAUACGUGCAGUGCUUCUUACCUUUCCGUAGAAGAAGAAUGGAAUGCUGUGAAUCGUACACUUGAGGAGAUAUGUUCUGCUACUUUUAAUUAUGAUGUCCUGUGGAAGGAUAUGGAAAGAACCGUAGGUAAAAGGCGGGCAUUCGAUGAUUUACUUAAGCUUCUAGAAUCCAGUGGGUUGGAUAAGCACAAAUUCGAGAAGGUCUCCUAUAAAUCGGAUUGGCUGUUUGUCCAGCCAUCAUUCGAUAUCAAACAUUUGCUGCUGACACAUAGUAGACUGCCUUCGAGAGAUUCUAAUCUUUCUUCCUCUAUGAUAUUGGAAAGUUCUCCCAAUGGAAGUUUGGAGAUUGAGUGGAAAGUAACAAAUGAGUUCUACUUUAAAGGCAUUGCAGCUGUGCAGCUCCUGCGGCAGAUAUGUCUGAAUCCUCAUCAAGAUAUCAUCCUGGAGAAGGCUAGGCGGGUUGGCUCAUUUCUCAAUCAUCUCUUAACUAUCCAACAUGAACAGCGUCAGGCAGCAUAUGAUCUCUCUAAGCAAUUAAAGUGCCUGCAGAAGUGUGUGUCUACAAUGGAAACAUUAUAUUUAAAAUCCUUGGAUGUCAAUGACCAGACUAGUGUGAUGUCCUCCAUUCCUGAAAACCAGCGUGCCAUCUGUAGUUGCAUGUGGAAACAGAAGGAACUAUUGGAUGCUCUGAGCUCCAUGUUGAUAGAGGAAUCAUUAUUGCUUGAAACUCUGGAAACUGCUCACCUUCAAUCUUGUGAAGAAGUGAAGCCUGCAGCAAAUCAUGUGCUUCAGGUCUUGGACAAGUUCAUUCCACUGAUCAAGAAGUCCAAGGAAACACUAGACAAGUAUCUUUUGUCCCAUGGCGGGAUGGUGCAAAUCGUUGUGGAGGGAUCAUUGGAUAAAUAUAUUCUUGGUCAAGUUGGCCAUAUAACUGAGGCUGGGCCUUUCUAUCCUUAUGUUGUAUCUGGACAAAUGACACAAUCUCUCUUCACAAAUUUCCAAGUCAUUAGAGAGUUUGAAAACCAUCUCCUUGAUCUCCGCAAGCGAGGUUUAAGUAAAACCGCAGUCAUAGGGACCUUGCUUUCUCACUUUAAUGGUGUCUUUGAGAAGGGGAAGCUGUUGGCUGAGGAGCUUGAUUGCGCACUAAAGACUAGGGACGAUUCAGUGAACAUAUCUGAAGCGUCUACUUCUUCUGAGCUCAACACUUUCUGGCAGUCCUUCGAACGAACGCUACAGCUAGCCAACAGUGCGAUGACAAAGCAACAGUCUCUAAGCGAUGGACAUGUUAUUUCCGAAGAGUCUAUUGGGAGCAUUACAUCAUGGGAAUCUUUAUUUAGAUCAUCCGUGGAAAAUCUCAAUUUGCCAGAUCUAUGUAAAAGUCUUCUACAAACCAUUUGCAACAGCCAAAAUCUGCUUAGCCAAUCUGGUGGUACUUCUCGCUUGGGACGGUGUUUUGAGCAAUUACACACAAUUAUGGAUGUGGUCUUGAGUCUUGGUGACACGUUGCUUUCAGAUCUUGUGGGGAUGAACAGAACUGUGUCCAUAAUGACUCGGGAAUUGGCAGAUGUUCUCGCUUCAUUAUUCUCCAAAGGCUUCCGUACCCCUUCGAAGGAUGAGGUUGAUGAGAAUGGCGCUUCUCAAGAUGUUAGUGGAACUGGCUUGGGAGAAGGUACAGGACGUAAUGAUGUCAGUGAUGAGAUAACUGACGAGGAGCAAUUGCUUGGAACGAAAGAAAAGGAGGAAGACCAAAAUGGCAGUGGUGAAGUUCCCAAUAAGAAUGAGAAAGGGAUAGAGAUGGAGGAGGACUUUGCUGCGGACACAUUUAGUGUCAGUGAAGACUCUGGAGAAGAAGAGGAGAAUGACGACAACGAGGAAGAAAAGCUGGAUUCUGCAGUUGGAGAUGCUGGACCGGACAGUGAGGCGGUCGAUGAGAAGCUUUGGGACAAUGAGGAAGACGAAAAUCCUGAGGACAAGAAGGAAAAGUACGAAGCUGGGUCAUCUGUCAAGGAUAAAGAUAUGAGCAAUAGAGAACUCAGAGGCAAGGAUGAUUCUACAGAUAUUCCAAACGAGGAAUCCAAAGAGCUGAAUGGUGAUGAUCUCAAUAACGAGAAAGAUGAUGAGGGUGAUGUGGAUGAAUCUGGUGAUGGGGAAGAGAAUGUGGAGGAUAUGAACUUGGAUAAGGAUGAAGCACAUGCUGAUCCUACUGGGCUUAACGUUGAUGAUGACGUGGAUCGACCUGACGAGGAGGAGAUGGAGGUAGAUGAGAACUCAAAUGAGACAAAAGACAUGAGUUCUGGUGAAGAAGAAGGUUCGGAGAAUGGCGAGGAGGAUAAAACAGAGAGUGGAGAUGACGAGACUAUGCAGGAUGCAGAUGCUGGACAGUCCGGUGGGACUCCUGAAGAAAAGCUGGAGCAUGGUGCUGAUGCUGAAGACAACUCUGCUGAGAUGAAUGCACAGAGUAAGGACGAGCUUGUACCUGGAAUGCGGGACCUUAUCGGCGAGCAAGCGCCCAAUGCAGAAUCCGCAACUCAACCGAAUGGGGAAGUUCAGGCAUCAGAUUCUAGGAGUGUGCCUACUGAGGCGAACGUUUACAGCUCUAAUGCCAAUGUUGCUCCAUUGAGGAACGUGCCUUCCGGUGCUAACUCCAACAUGGAGAUCAUGGUCUCUGACCCAUCAGAUAAGGGGCAGCUAAACGGGGAUCAGAACAACGCCCAACCGCCUGAGGAAGAGUCUUCGUCGUUUAAGAAAUCCCAACCCAAUCCUUAUAGGAGCAUUGGAGAUGCGUUUGAGAAAUGGAAGGAACGGGCGAAAGUGUCAACUGAUGAUAUAGCCUCAGAGGCUCCCCCUGUUGAGAUGGAGGAUAAGAAUGCCAACGAGUAUGCUUACGUGUCAGAGGCGGAGAGAGGGAUGGAACAAACAUUAGGACCUGCGACUCCUGAUCAGGUCGAUGCCAACAUCUUGGGGAAUAAGCAGGAGGAUAGUUCUGCUGCAGGUCAAGAGGAGGAAGAUGACACAAAUGAGACUGAAAUUGAUAGGAAUCUUGAACCUUCCUCGGCGGCUGUGUUGAAAGAUAAGAUGGAGCAGCAUUUGCAGGUUUCAGAGGUUGGAAAGUCGAAACAAGCAGAGGAAGAUGUUGAGAUGCCAGAUUAUAAUACGCACACCGAAGUGGGAAGUUCAUUGCAGAAUCUGGUCUCGAUCAGGAAUCCGGCAGCGCUUAGUGAUGGUGUCAGUCGUUUUGAUGAGCUGGCGAUUGGUGAUGACAGUGAGUUGGGGAAAGCGGUGGAUGGAGAUGCUGUGAAUUUAAAUACCAGGGGAGGUACUGGUGAUGCGUGGAGGAGGUAUGAAUUGCGUACUACAAGGUUGUCUCAGGAGUUGGCUGAGCAGUUACGUCUUGUUCUGGAGCCCACGGUGGCCAGCAAGCUUCAAGGCGACUAUAAGACCGGGAAACGAAUCAACAUGAAGAAGGUGAUUCCAUAUAUUGCAAGCCACUACCGUAAAGACAAGAUUUGGCUGAGACGGACUAGACCUAACAAGCGUGAUUACCAAGUUGUUAUUGCGGUGGAUGACUCGCGUAGUAUGUCAGAGAGUCGUUGUGGGGAUGUUGCAGUUGAAGCUCUGGUUACAGUUUGCCGUGCCAUGUCUCAACUUGAAUUGGGCAACUUUGCUGUCUCAAGCUUUGGAAAGAAGGGGAACAUCAGGUUGCUGCACGACUUUGAAAGGCCAUUUACUGGAGAGGCAGGGCAAAAAAUAAUUUCCAGUUUGACGUUUAGCCAAGAGAAUACCAUCAUCGAUGAACCAGUUGUGGAUCUGUUGAAGUACCUGAGCAACUUGCUAGACACUGCAGUUGCGAGGGCUAGGCUUCCUUCUGGACAAAACCCACUGGAGCAGCUUGUCUUGAUUAUUGCAGAUGGUCGGUUUCACGAAAAGGAGAAAUUGAAGCGCUGCGUCAGAGACUUCUUAAGUCAGAAGCGAAUGGUUGCAUUUCUGCUGUUGGACAAUCCUGAAGAAUCUGUCGUUGAUCAAUUGGUGGCGACGUUCGUGGAUGAAGGCGACAAGGGAAGGCUCAAGAUGGCAAAGUACAUGGAUUCUUUCCCUUUCCCAUACUACAUUGUGUUGAGAGAUAUCGAAGCUCUUCCAAGAACCCUCGCAGAUCUACUAAGACAGUGGUUCGAGAUUAUGCAGUCCUUCAAGGAGUAGAUUGUUCUUGGGGGUCUAGAUGUUUCUCAGCUGGUGGGAAUUGCGAAGGGAGGUAUUUGGUUAUAAAGUAUAGGGCACCUUCUCUUCUUUCAUUCUUUAUCGCUGAUAUCGAGUGUAAUUAGGCAGCCAAUCGUAAGAUAAACUUGUAUGGUUUGCCUUUUUUGGUAGUGUAAAUAUUCCUACAUUCUAAAUGAGUAACGGAUUCCCUCUCCUUCAGCGAGGAAGUUUUGCUUCACUUUCAAAUGAGUGCUUUCGCGAAUCCCAUGAGAGACGGGAGGUGUGAUCAGCCGAUCAGGUGCUUAGUACAGGUCAUCUUGUCCUUAGAUUUAAACACAUUAAGAGUUUAAGACCAACUUUAACGUUAAAUUUGGCUCUCCAAAUAGCUUUCCAAAUCCCAUUUUCAUUCCAACCAUACAAAAAGCAAAAUUUAGCUUUCUACCUCCUUUUUCAAUUUAUUUCAAUAAACUAUACUUAUUCGA